AUGCCUCGCAACCUGAGCACGGUGAUGAUUUUCGGAGGCUUUGCCUUCCUCUUGGGCACCGACUUCUACCCCAUCUGUUUCCAGCCCCUGAUGCAGACCGAGGAGUACAAGCUGGAACAAGCCGUAAAUCAGGCUGCUACUGUCCAAGUAGAUGUGCAGCCACCAGGAUUAAAAGUGUGGUCUGAUCCAUUUGGAAGGAAAUGA